AUGCCGACUUCGAAGCUGGAAGAGGCGGUUCGGCCGCGUCCCCCACAGUCGUCGUUCCGACUGUUGGAGAGGAUAUGCCAGCUCAUCCUCGUCUUCACCAUCUCUUUUGCCGCCAUGUUCAUCAUGAUUACCAAGAUUUCGCCUGGCAAGUGGCCCUUAACGGAACCCUCGAUAAGCAAACCGUUGCUUAAAGUGUCCUCCCAACGCGACUACAUCAUCGCCAUCUUCUCCGACCUGCACUUUGGCGAGCAGGAAUUCGGCUGGGGCAUAGACCAGGACGUCAACUCCACCCGAGUCAUGCAGUCGGUCAUGAAGACUGAGCAACCAGACCUGGUCGUCCUCAACGGCGACCUUAUCACGGGCGAGGACACUCACAAGGAGAACUCGACAAAUUACAUUGACCAGAUUGUGCAGCCACUUAUUCAGGAAAACCAGCGUUGGGCCUCCGUCUACGGAAACCACGACUCCAAACACAACCUGGAUCGUGAGCAACUCUUCCGCGCAGAAAAGGGUUACGACCUUUGCUACACGACCUCUAUGGGCGACAAGCUGCCGGGCAUCACAAACUACUACGUCCCUGUCUACGAGGGAGACUCGAAAGAUCCCAUGCUGCUCUUGUGGUUCUUCGACAGCCGGGGCGGCACUAGCUAUCAGACAGAUUCCGAUAACAUGGACGAUAUUCCAAACUGGGUUGCCCCCGAGACCGCCGAAUGGUUUACCAAUACCUACGACGAGCUCAAGGAGAUGCACGGCCGCGUCAUUCCGAGCGUCGCCUUUGUCCACAUUCCGCCGCAUGUAUUUCUCGAAGCCCAGCAGUCCGAAUUGGACCCCGCCAAGUUCCCGGGACUGAAUGCCGACAGCCCGCUAGCCAUCCAGGGUCAGGGCACCGAGGACUCGCCCUUCAUCGAGGCGCUGCUCGAGGCCGAGGGCCUCCACAGCGUCUACGUCGGACACGACCACGGCGACUCGUGGUGCUCGACGUGGCCGGGCCAUGCAGCUGGACUCGGCGCUGAGGCCCCAUUCCUCUGUUUCGCGAAGCACACGGGCUACGGCGGCUACGGCACGUGGAACCGCGGCGCUCGCAUGAUCAAGCUCUCCUUCACAAAGGGCGACAACCCCGAAAUGUCGGUCGAGACUUGGGUUCGCAUGGAGGACGAGCAAGUCGUCACACGCGUCUCCCUUAACGAAACGUACGGAUUGGAUACUUAUCCUUCUAACGUUGGAGAGUGA